AUGUCGCCAGUCUACUCCGUCUUGCUGGGACUCCUUGCGUUCCCGUUUGCGUACGCGGCAGUCGUGACCCUAUACCACGUCGAGCAAGUUGUGGAAGGCCUUGUGAGCGCAGAGAGCGCGGUGUCCACCCUGGGGCUGUCCGCGAUCGGAACAGGGGAGAACGGCAUGACGCGCUAUGCGAUGCAAUAUAUCAACAGUCUGGCUGUAAACUAUCGAACGGACAGGACAGUAACACUUUGGAGUGAGCCAAUCACCUUGAAUGCCAAUUGGGAGGAAGGCGCCACUGAGUACCGUUUAUCUAACCCCACCAUGAGCACAGUGACGCUGCCUAGCGGCCAGAGGGUCUAUUUUGCCGCAGUCGAUAAGAAGUGCUGGUUCGACAUUCCCAACCAGAAUGGCUCAUGUGUGGUAGUACAGCGGCUUGAGGGGUUCCCGGCAGCCGUGACCCCGACUGCGAUCCGAGAGUUCACCACAUCGUACACGGGACGACUCCUCCCUUGGGCGACAAUCGAAGCUUUGCCAACCGCCACGGCCAGCGGCUCGCUCUCCUCGUUAGCUGGGGCGUAUGGGCUCCUCGGCACUAUAAUCGCUGGAGCAAUUGGGGCGUUGAAUUCCGUAUAA